CCUGCAUGAACCCCACACCUAAACACGUUCAUAAACACCACUACCGCACUAAUUAUGACGUCUACACCUUACAUCCUCCUCUUCCUCACCACUGCCACAAAAUGGUCAAAGUCACAAUAAUUAUUAGUGUGCGAGACGACGCACCAGUCCCACUCACAACUUUCUUCACCAUAAAAGACGCAUCCGGGGUUUAAUUCGGCCUAAAAAUAUAUAAAAUGUGGCGAAUUCCUCCAUCCCGGCGUCUCUCUACUACUUCCCCCCACUCAAGAAUAACAAUAAUGAAACAUCUAACAAUCAUUUAUUGUUCCCUAAGUGUUCUUGUCCUGCAUGGGGUCACCGCUCAGAAAAUAAAGAACAACAAUGGAACAACAACUGCUCCUAAAAAUUCCGAUUCACUGAUCCCAUCCGACUCAUUAUUUUCCGCAGAAGAAGAGGAGACAACAGACAACUACCGACAAUUCCUCCCCCCACAAUUUCACCCCCAAUUUCCCCAAAAUAUUCCCCAGUUUCAAAGUAUAAAUCCUGCCUUUCACCGAUAUCCACCGUACCCCCAAUUGGGUUACGUUGACCCACAACAAGUCCAAAAUCAGCAACAAUUUCAGCAGCAAUCUUAUGCAGAUCCUGACCUACUAAAUAUUCAGCAAAGCAGUUCUUCCAACCGGAAGACGAAUAAACAGGGAAGCAGUUCAAAAAAGAGGAGAAAGCGUCCCCAGAAAAUUGAAAAUGAGGACACAGAUGGAAACUUUGGACCACCGCCAGAUUUUUCACAAAUUACCGGAUAUCAAGUUCAACUGCCCGAAAUACCGAAAAGAAUACGGAAGAAGAAGCGACCACAGCGAGUCCAGGAGGACUAUGACAUUGAUGGCGAUGGAAUUAUCAAUGUUUCCGAUUUGCACGAACCAAAUCGAAGUGUGAAGAAGCAGUUGAAGAAAAAAGUCGAGCCGGAACAUGAACUCGGAGACGUGAACAGUAAAACAAUUGAAGGAGGGGAUGGAAUUGAGGGAGAUGAGAGAGCGUGUCCGGGUUGCAUUUCCGGGGGUUGCAAUACGAACAACGUUAUUUCAGGACUUCCGCUUAUCCAGAUAUUGGCUGCAAUUAAGGCUGGAAUCGUUUGGGCAGGAAUUUUCUUGUUCUUGUACAAGAACUUUAUAGCUGGAGGGAAGGGCGAGAGUCAAGAAGGAUAUGGAUACGCCCCAGCCCCACAAAUGGCGUACGGGCCCCCUCCAUCCAUGGCAUACGGUCCACCGCCAUCUCCAGCGUACGGUCCACCCCCUUCGUCCGGUUAUGGCCCACCCCCUGCCCCAGCUUAUGGUCCGCCCCCUGCUUCAUCCUAUGGUCCACCCCCUGCCCCAGCUUAUGGUCCACCCCCUUCUUCCGCCUAUGGUCCGCCUCCUUCAUCCGCUUAUGGUCCACCUCCUUCGUCCGGUUACUCUACUCGCAUUUCCUACCCCACCGGAAGAAAAUCCGCAUCCAUGAUGGACUCGUUAUCUGACACAGUCUACAACUCGCUGGAUACCUUUUCCAAAACUUUUCAAGACGACAACAGUUCACCCACCGGAACAAAUGUCAAAGUAAAAACAAGCUAGCCAGCUUAAAAACAAGCUGGGGAUAAUGGGGAUAGCUGGGAUAAUUUCUUAAAACUAAUGUACAUGCAUAUAAAUUAUUAAGUAUUUAUUCAUCAACUUUAAGAAACAAUAAAAAACAACUUUCGACUGGA